AAACGAUUACUUCCGCUUUGAGUUUCUGUCGGUCACACUUUCUAUUUCGUAUGUUUAAUUGAUCAUUGUUUUGCCAAUUGCUAAAUAGAUUUAUUACGAUGUUAUCUUUCAAGUACAAGUGUUCCAGAAACUGUUUGGACUGAAGUUCAUAUGUAAUGCGAUUAGAGUUAUAGUAAAGGAGGAAAUUACAUGAAAAUGCAAAUGAUGGGCGAGUUACGAAGAGUACUUGUGACUUUGUUUAUAUUUCUUGGGGUGUUAUUCUGGAAGUCUUACGGUGAAUUAAAGCUUUGCUAUCCAAGGAAUUACAAUUUUGGCUCCUUUGUAUGUGUUUGCAACUCUACUUACUGUGAUACUGUACCAAAUAUUGAAAAACUUGACAUUGGUAGAUAUGUAACCAUUGUAACAGAUAAGAGAAACUUUCGUCUAUCAAAUUGUACAGGCAGUUUUAAAAAAUCAAAUAUUGAAGAUGCCAGUCCAAUGUCAAUCAACUACAACAAAACCUUCCAGAAAAUUAUUGGAUUUGGUGGUGCCUUUACCGAUGCAACUGGAAUCAAUAUAUUGUCAUUACCAAAAGCUGCUCAGGAGAAAUUGCUACAGUCGUAUUUCUCUCCACUCGGAAUUGAAUACAACAUUGGUCGAGUUCCAAUUGGUAGCUGUGACUUUUCCACUCGUAUCUACUCUUAUGAUGACACUGUAAAUGACACCAAAUUAAUGCAGUUUGAUUUAGCUGAGGAAGAUCUUAAUUAUAAGAUUCCAUUAAUAAAAAAGGCUCAGAAAAUGAGUCAUAGAAAAGUGCUCUUGUUUGGGAGUCCAUGGAGUGCUCCAGCCUGGAUGAAGACAAAUAAUAAUAUGACAGGCAUGGGAAUGCUCAAAGGGAAAGCUGGUGGAGUCUAUUAUAAUGCUUGGGCACUCUAUUUCGUCAAGUUCCUUGAAGAGUAUAAACAUUUCAACAUCACAUUCUGGGGUUUAACAGCCCAGAACGAACCUAUAGAUGGCUUGAUUUACAGAUUCCCAUUUCAAGCUAUGGGCUGGACACCUCAGAUGCAACGAGAUUUCAUCAUCAAAGAUUUAGGACCACUCCUCCAUAGUUAUGGUUAUGGUAAUUUGAAGCUAAUGAUAUUUGAUGAUCAACGAACAUUUAUGGUUAAUUGGGUCAAAACAGUUUUAAAUAGCUCCUUAGCCAAAACAUUUGUGUCUGGCAUUGCAGUACAUUGGUAUGAAGAUAUUGACUUGACACUGUCAUUUCUAGACAAGACACACGAAAUGUUUCCUAAUCAUUUCAUCUUGGGAACUGAAGCUUGUGCUGCAUCUUAUCCAUGGGUUCAGCCCAAAGUGGCUCUUGGAAGUUGGAAUCGAGCUGAAAGUUAUAGCAAAGACAUCAUCCAGGAUUUGAAUCACUGGGUUACGGGUUGGACAGACUGGAAUAUGGCUCUUGAUCUUGAAGGUGGUCCAAAUUGGGCCAAGAAUUUUGUUGACAGUGCUAUUAUUGUUAAUAAAACAGCUGGGGAAUUCUACAAACAGCCCAUGUACUAUAUAAUGGCACAUUUCAGUAAAUAUAUCUUACCUGACUCUGUAAGAAUUGAAAUCACAAACAUACCAAAAUCUUUAGAUGUAGUUGGUUUUCUCCGUCCCGACAAAGCUACAGUUGUUGUCAUUGUCAAUCGACAAGAUAAAAGUGUUAAAUAUACAAUACGUGACCCACAUCUAGGACAAAUUGUAGGUAAUGCUGAUCAACAUUCAAUCCAGACAUUAAUUUGGUGGAACAAAUGAUGUCAAUAAUGGCUUACUGCAUAAUGAUGGACGUCACACAGAAACAAUGAAGCAGAAAAUAUAUUUCAUGUUUAACUAUUUCACUCAAUUAUGUGACAUAAUUAGUUUCAUCAUCAUUAAAGCAGGUAUGUAAAUAUCCAUCAAUUUACACUCUAGCUUGUAUCUCAAGAUAUAUAUAUCCCAAUCCUUUUCUGUUGUAAACAUUAUAAAGGAAAUUUAGAUGGAUAAAUCAAGAAAUAUAGAUUGUUAAUAUACCUUUAUAGUGAGAGACUUAGGACAACUUUAGAUACAUAAAGGUAUAAAAAGUAAUAGCAAACUACUUAAGACAAUUUUAGUUUCCAAAUUUUAUUUGAGAAAUAUAUAAAAAAAAAAAAAGAAAGAUGUUCCACACUAUUUAGUACAGGCUAUUAAGAGUUGAAGAAAGUUCUAUGUAAAUAAAAUGUUAGCAUUCUGGUGAAAUAUUGCUUAACAUUAUUGUUGCUGCCUUCAGUUUGAGAGGGGCUCUUAAAAGAUAACAUUCUUUACCACAUAUUUCUUAUGGAAUACUAACAUUUUAGAAAAUCUGAACAAAAACUAACAAUUAUAGUGGUUUGAUAGGAGGAGA